CAGACAUUUAUCACUACACACAGUCGGUGUCAUGAAUAAUAUGCAAACCUGAAAAGCAGUAAAAGACCACAAGGAAAGUGGAGCUGGACACACCUCAACCAGUUUGUAGCAGCUGCCUGUGAGGACAUACAUAACAGUCAUUUUAACUGCUCUUCAGCUCAUUUAAAGAGAUGGGAAUAAUUGAUAGUAUUAAGGACACAUUGUCCAAGGCUGUGUUUUCUCCUUCUACUCUGUUAACCGGCCGAGGCGGGCUGCACAUGGCCCAGAUCAUUCUUUCUGUGGUCACCUUUGUCUUGGGUGCCUUCAGAGGAGGGAGCACCCAUACCUACUGGAACUAUGCUAUGUUCACCUGGGCCCUCUGCCCCAUCAUGACCCUCAUCAUCACCAUUAUUGAGAUGUUCAAGCUCGAUGUAAUACUCAAUUUGUUUUGCAUGGACUGGGAUGACUUCACCACUGGGAUGGCCAUGUCCUCUACGCUCAUGACGGUCUCUGUCGCUAUCACUUAUGCCAACUUCUAUGCCUGCCUGAAAUGGCAAUGCCUGUACGGCUGGAUAGUGAGUAUAUUUGCUUUCUUGUGUGCCUUUGUCUACACACUUGAAGUGGUGAAGGACAAAUUCCUGGACAAGAAGAAAGGGAGCUACCUUGCUGCUCUGCCUGGAUUCUGGAAGGUCAUGGAGGCCUUUGUGAGCAGCAUGAUUUUUAUCUCACUGACUGGUUACAGAGACAAGCCCGCUCUGAUUGUGUGUAUUAUAGCAUAUGCCAUUCCUUUCCCCAUCCUCCCUCUAAUCAUAGCCACCAACAUCCUCAAGAAACUGAAGAAGUGUUUGCCCUUUAACCUGGACAGGUUUGUGUUUAUAUUUCUGGUGAUCUCUGUUGUGCUGUACAUAUUUGCUGCUAUUGUGUGGCCCAUUUUUAUGUUCAGAAACAACCCUCGACCCAAAGACUGUCCACCCAGCUUCUGUAUCUGGGCCAUAGAGUUUAUGGUUGCAUUUUUUACCUAUGUGAAUCUCAUUCUUUUCACACUGGACCUCAUUUUUACCCUGCUUGGUAUCUGUAACUUUAAGCGCACAUAGUGGUGACUUUCCUAUCAUCUUUUUUAGUACUUGUACUUGUUAAUCUGACCCAUAAAGAUAAAAAAAAACUCUGGUACUGGUAAAUGCUGCUCAACAUAAAAAAAA